GCGUCACGUGACGACUGAUGCCAUCACGCACGCGCAUCGAGGUGUGCGCGCUCAGGGAGUUGCGCGAGCACCGAUACACCUGUGCUGCUUGCCGCAAGACAUGUCUGGAUUCGAUAGCAACCCCUUUGCCAAACCAGUUGAUGUCAAUCCUUUUCAGGAUCCAUCAGUUACUCUGGUGACUAACACAGCAGCUGAUGGCAUAGGAGAGUUUAACCCAUUCACAGCUGGUGCUCUGGAUCAGCGCACCAUUCCCAUAUCAGCCCCCUCUCAGCCGGCCGUCCUCCAGACCACAGUGGAGCCCAGUCCACAAGCCAGUGUCGCUGCGGGACAGGCUGAGCUCCUCCGUCAGCAAGCGGAGCUGGAGAAGAAGGCUGCGGAGCUGGAGCGUAAAGAUCAGGAGCUUCGGGAUCGAGACACAGCAUUAGGUAAAGAAAACAACUGGCCACCCUUGCCCAAGUUUUUCCCCAUAAAACCUUGCUUCUAUCAGGAUUUCAAUGAAGAAAUUCCUGUGGAAUAUCAGAAGGUUUGCAAGAUGAUGUACUACCUCUGGAUGUAUCACAGUCUGACACUGUUUCUGAACCUGCUGGCCUGUCUGGUGGGUUUCAGUGUCUCUACUAAAAAUGGAGUGGACUUCGGACUCUCAGUCCUCUGGUUUAUUUUGUUUACUCCCGUAGCUUUCCUCUGCUGGUACCGACCCGUAUACAAAGCCUUUAAGUCUGACAGCUCCUUCAGCUUCUUCUUUUUCUUCUUCAUUUUCUCAUUCCAAGUAAUAGUGUACAUCAUUCAGAGUGUGGGGAUCCCCAACUGGGGAAACAGAUUUCCACUUCAUAAUCUGCCGGUGGUCACCUCUCUCGGCUGGAUCACGGCCAUCUCUAUGUUUGAGAUUAGCAUAGCCGCGUCAGUCUUCAUGAUGGUGGUGGCUGGAUUCUUCAGUGUCAAUGCUGUGCUGUCCAUCAUCUUACUGAAAAUGGUUCACUCCAUGUACAGACACGCAGGUGCGAGCUUCCAGAAGGCCCAGGAAGAGUUUUCUCAGGGGGCCGUCAAUAACCGAACCGUCCAGUCUGCUGCAAGCACAGCUGCAUCUUCAGCCGUGCAGGGAGCCUUUCAGUAACAGCCACAGGCAUUGAGUUCUGCACAUGAACCUCCAUCAAACAACCCAAACCUCUUAUGGACGGACAAUCUGCAUUUGAGGCAUCUUAAAGUUUUUUUCUGCUGCAAUACAUUACUUUGCUCACUGAAAGAUACGUGGCUGUUGAUUGGUGAGGCACUUUAGAUGAUAACAUGGGUUCUGUGAGAGGAGAGGUUGCAUUUUCUUCCUGUAUUCCUCAUGUAAUGUUACAAUAUAGUCCAAAUUCCAUUCAAUACUAAUUAUAUGGUCUAUUUUUGUCCCUGCUAUUUGUAUUUAGAUAUUUUUUUAAUGUAUUGUUACAUGUUGAAUUAUUUUUCAGUUUGAUUUCUUCUUUAUAACCCAACUCAAAUAAUUGUAUGUCAGCUGAUGUCUCAGUAUUGGUUUUACAACAUUUGAACAGCCAUUCCCAAACAAGAAAUGUAGAUUUACAUAUAGUCUUUAGAGUGAACCGUAGUACUUUUGUGAAAAAAAGUAAUGUUAUCUGUUUGUUGGAAUCUUGUUACAUUCUCAAUCUGAAGUGAUUUUGCAGUGUUCUCAAUUAUGAACAGAAUAUGUAUAUAUGUAUAAACUAAGCAGAUCUUCUUUUACUAGGGUUAACUUGGAUGGGCUGCUCAAAUAUUUUAUGAGUUAUUGUUAAAUAAACUUACUCUGAUUA